CGGCGGAGGGCGCCAUUCCCGUCCCGCCCCGUCCCGUCCCGCCCGUCAGCGGGGGAAGGGGCCCACACCGGCCCCCCGCGCUGCUCAGCCCCCCGGGCCCAUCGAUAUGCUCCCAUGGACCAGAUUAGAUCACUGAUCACCGGGGAGACUCCUCAGGGAUGCUUCCCCUGAGACUCGUGUCAUUUUGAACUGAUGAAAACGAAUCCAGUCGAGGCAGUUUAAAUCAUCCGGAGGGGGCUGAGUCCCCCCUCCCCACAAAUGUGUGGAAAGUCGUAAAACAAAUUUCCAGGCCACGAAGCGGCUCGAUUCCCCCCCCGUGGGAAAGAUGGCGAGAUCCCGAUCCCGAUCGCCCAGGUGGAAACAGAGGUCCCUGUCGCCAGCCUUCAGGAGUCCAGAACGAUACAGGCAGAGACAGUCUCACGGCGGUUACGACUGUGACUACAAAGGGUUCAGGAAGGACCCCAAGAGACCCCCGCUCCGGCGGGCGGACGGCGAGAAGUACGGGCCGAACGACCCGAGGGUCCCGGCCCACGGCGGCGCCCACCAGAGAGUUUACGAGCCCCGCUCCCCUUCGCCGGCUGGCCAGGGCCUUUCUUUAGAAGACGCGUACGGUUACAAGCCUCCUCGGGGCUACUCUCCGGAACGGGGCGACGGAGCCAGGAGGUACCAGUCGGCGCCCAAGUACCCCGGGGGGAUCCCCCCCAAGGAACACGAGCGCCAUUUCUAUGGCCCCAAGCCCCAAGGGAGGUACCCCCACGAGGAAGCCAGAGGUCCCGGAAGUGGGAAAGGAGGGCAGCCUUUCCACAGGUCCCCGACGGAGUCCUUCCCGUUCCAGGGGCCCUGGCCCCAAGAGGGCUCGAGGGCCCCGAGGACACAAGACGACGACCAGUACGAUCAGGCGCCCCGAAGAGGCUCCGAGGAAUCUCUGGCCAGGAGCUCUUUCCCGAAGAGGUAUCCUAAGGAGGAGCGCGAUGUCAGAGAGCUGGGGCCCACGUCCAAGAGAACAAAAGAAGGUCCGGAGAGGUACGAGACCCGGGGUCCGCCCAGGCCCGCCCCGUGGAGGGACGAGCACGCCCUCCCGCCCUACCCGGAGCCCGCGGGAGCGAGGAGCCACGGCCCCGCGGCCCGCCGCUCCGCCGAACAGGACCACGCCGCCGAAGGCCCCGGCCCCCCGGGCUCAUACGAUUACCGGCACCGGCACCCCAAGCCCUCGGCCGCGGAGCCGGCCUUUUCCGACGGGAGAGGGCCCAAGCCCGCCAAGCAGGAAGAGCGGAAAUACAGUUCCCCGAAAGGGCCUCCGGCCGGCGGCGACCGGGAGACGGACGGUUUGAGUGGCGGAAGAGCCCGCCGGACCGAGGGAGGGCCGCCGGACGGAUCGGCGAAAUACGGCUCUCCGAAGGACUCGGGCGGGGGCCCGGGCCAGUACCGGAACGACGUCGGCCCGAGGCCCUUCCACGACCCGCCCAGGGACAGAGGCAGGAAAGGAGGCGAGUUCAGGAAGGAGCAAGGGUCUCCUGACGGCCAGCGGGACCCAGGCCACAGAGCUUUCUGCCCCAAGACGUCCACCGUCAGGCACGGACCGCAGUCACUCACCGUCAAAGUGGACCUAAAGCAGCCCGGAGCUCAGACCAGGAGAACCAAAAACUUCCAUACAGUGUUUGAGCAUCUCGACUCUGCCCCGCUGAAUGUUGAGAACAUGCCGACAAGCGAAUUUACUCAGGAAAUCAUCACAAUCAUCCAUCAAAUUAAAGCAAAUUAUUUUCCACCUUCUGACCUUACUUUACAUGAGCGCUUCUCAAAAAUGCAGGAUACCCAAGCUCUGAAUAGAAACGCGUUGAAAAUGAAUCCAGACCCCGAAAUCCACAGGAGAAUCGAUAUGUCUCUGGCUGAGCUUCAGAAUAAACGAACUACAAUAUGUGAACUUGUACAGCCUGCCGUCCGUAUACUAGAGGAUCCAAACGAUCUUCGACAUGACAUCGAGAGGAGGAGGAUGGAGAGGUUGCAGAAUGAAGAUGAGCGAUUGUUUUACCUGGGUGAUACCAUGGAGAGGAAUGGCCAGAACACUCACACUGAUGGAUUUAAAAAGCCUAUAAGGUUUAUGAAACGUCCUUUCAGGAAAUUUAUUCGGAAACCUUAUAUGAAUACUUAUUUUGGCAUGAAAGCAAAUGACAUCUUUGCUCCUAAAUCAUUUGGAGAAGAUUGGGAAAACCCAGGAGCCAUUAGAAGACCUUUUAAGAGCAACCUUACGGAUGGCCGAUUCCAAUCCCAGUAUAAAUCAGGCCUAGUACGGAAGGGUUUAUAUUUUCAAGCCAAAUACCAGCAUUUGCGUUGGGCUGGCUCAAGAGGAUUCACCACUGAUAAAUGCAGAGAAGAAUUUCUGAGGAAAGGAAAGGAGCAUCCUGGCAUCGCCAUGGAAAUCUAACCCGGAACGUGAUCGGAGACUAGAUGACACUACAGAAGAUUCUGUUGCUCUUCGACAACUCCUUUGGUCAGGAGUUAUCAUAGAAAAUUGGCACUAAUACUGUAACUUUCUUGAUAAGAUAACUUUAUUUUUCAGUAGUGGAACGCUGCAACUUUUUUACAGCUAACGAUUGCUUUUAAAUUACGGUAUUCAAUUGGGAAGUUAGCGUAACUUUGGUUUCUUUUGCAAAAAAAAAAACAAACUCAAAGAAUCACUUGAAGGGAAUUUAUUUAUUGAUACCAUUUUCUCUGAGCAUGGUUUUAUGGAUAGAACUUGUUGAGUUGUUAUAUCGAGAGGUUUAUAUGUUGAAAGUUUAUUGCUUAUGUAAUAAAAACCAAAACGAACAAACAAACAAAAAACCAAUCCAAGCGUCUGAAUUGUUUAGUGAUUGUAAAGAAGCUCAGAACUCUGAAAAAUUACCUUACGAGUUCCCUGGCUUCCACUGAUUUGUUUUUUUCUAAAUGAAGUAUUUUCUUUGUAUCUCUGGUGAACUCUUAAGGUCUGUGAUUUGCAGUUCUCACCUUUCCUACUAAGCAUAAUAGAGGAAGCCAAGAAAAGCAGGGAGCUGAGGUAGUUUGUGAUGAUAGUUAAAGCUACACAUUAAGAAAUUCACAUUUGUGUAACGGAUAAAUGGUCAUUUUUCAGAUCUAUCGCUCUCCUUCAGUGCUGUUGCUCCAAUUCGAAGGCCAGGGCGUUUUGUAAUCAGUGAUCUUUAAGUUCCUUUUUUAUAGGUAAGUUGUACAUGAGCUAAAUUUCUAAAGCAGGUUUUCUUAUUAAAUUGAAUUUUGAGUAGUUUUUUUUUUUAUAGAGAGGUUCAGUUUAUACGGUUUUAAAAAUCCCACAUUUUGAAAGAGCACAUCCUUUACGAUGUAAGCUGCUGCCAAGAUCUAGGUGUUGGGUGUGGGUUUAAAUGAAGUUCACAUCUCCGUUCUGCAUCGCCAGUUGCCAGAUUUAUUCGCAGCUUAGAUCUGCUCUUUUAGAGUCUGUCGAGCUCUGUCUUCAGAUGAAAGUAAAAACAUUCAGUUAUUCUUGCAAGGAGCAGGAGCAGAAGGGCAUCUUUUUGUAGUUUAAUUUAGUCUCUCAAUCAGGCCCGGUAGGUACGUGGCUCAUGUUCAGAAACGGCAUGUACUGGAUGGAAAUAUAAAAGUGAAGGUGCGUUCUUUCAUGGUGACUUAAUGGACGAAGGGAGUUUAUCUGCAAGUAUUUAAUGACGUGCAAUGUAUCCUUUGAGGAAGGGAGUGAAUUGUUGUCGGGGGUGGGGGAUGGCACGGAGGGAGAUGUUCGUAAAAUGGAAGUGACUUUGUGGAAUAAGAGCUCUUGCUAAUGCAGCGUUAAUCAGGUAAUAAAUGCAGGUAUGUUGUUUCCGUUCAA